UGAACGGUUAAGUGCGCAAUUUUGCUCAGCUCAGCGCGGAAAGUUUGCAGAAGUGGCAACAAAAUAAAGAAUCAAAUAAAAAAAAUGUCCGUCCGAAAUCGAACAGUCACUACAUUCGAACGACAAGACUCGGUCAUCGCUCUGCGGGAGAACAACUCACCAUCCUUCGAAAGGAAUAAUAAUGUGGUAAUAAACUGCGACUUCAGGGAGCAACAGCAGACGACUUCACCACCCAAGCGUGUAUUCUUCCGCCGACGAAUUCCGUCAGAAAUUUUGGAUGAUUUGCCGGAAUCGUCCGUCGACCCCCUACCACAGGAGUUUUCUCCCGCUGGCAGUGGCUUUGGGGGAGGGUUCAACACAUACGGAGCGGGACGACUUUCUCAGGACAAACGAUUACCGGACGCUAAGUACAGCGGUCGUGCGAUCACUGUAAUCGGUUCUCCUUUGCGCCGUCCGCCGACUAAUCGGAGUAAAUCGGUGGAUUUUAGCAGACGAUAUAUUGAAAAUCAAUUGCACAAGGGGUAUGUUGACAAAACCGCCACUUCAGCAACUCGAUCUCUAGUGUGCCAAGAGUGUUCUAUAGGAACGAUUUUUGGUCUCUACCACACACCCACCACCCGAAGGAAAGUAAUAGAGGCUCAGUCGUUUGAUUCAUUUCCCAAUGAAAGCCGUUGGGAAAGAACAUCGCUGCCUCAGCAGUCAACAUUCAGCUCCCAACCUCCCAUUCCACCUGUGAGGCAAUCCCCUCUCGGUCAACCACCAAAAACCUUUCAUUAUACUCCUGAACUGCGCUAUAAACCAGUUUACUUUGGUGAUCCGAGGUUACGUCGCUACAGCUGUGGGUAUAGCGAAAGGAGACCUUCAAGAGAAAUAUCAAUAAGUGGUCUUCAGGAUUUCUGCCGGACCAUGUUGACUGUCAAGACUCCAGAAUCGGUUUCUCUGCAGAAGAAUGGAUCUCAGUUUGAGGACAGUCAUUUGAAUAAUAAAAAAAAUGAAGAUUCUAGAACAUCUGUAAACGAGCGGGAAAACUCGCAAAACGCACAAGAUAUACAGACACAAAAAUCGGCGAAGCAGUCCACGCCGUUACGAAGUCCAAAACUCGUGAAAGAAGUCUUGAAACGUAUGUCUUCUCAUCCAAGCGGUAGAGAUCCACAAAUCCCUGAAACGUUUUCUGAUGAGGAUGAUCCCGAUUUUUCUGUGGAAAGAGAAGCUAUGAAAGUUAUUGCUGAUUUCGACAAGAGUUUACCCGAUGUCCAUGCCACCGAACAAGUUGAAAGAUACCCAACUAUAAAAGAAGGACCUGCUUUACAACAGAUAUCUGAAGCUCCUUCGAAGGAUCAUGGUUUGCAGUCCGAUAACUUAGUCGAAGAAGUCCUCCUCAGCGAGCGCAAAUACUCGAAACUCCUGCCUAUGGGCAGUUCAGGCUUUGGAGAAAAAUUCCAAGGGAGAGACGAAAUAGAAGAUUCUAGACGCUUCAUGUCUUUGACUAAUGACCAUAAAAGUCGAGGAGCUUCUACUAGGGGAGAGAGUUCAGCCCCUCCAAAGCCCCCUAGAAAUUACGAUUCUUUACCUCGAGGAUUCAAAGCUUCCGACGCCGAAACGCAAUACGAUGUGGUGUCAUCUGGAAUCCAUCCUCUGACUAAUGGUCAUUCGACAGCAAACCGUACUGCGAAUCACAGCAACCCCUCGCCACAGCAGAAUUAUUUUGUAGUGGUUGCUAUCGAUUUUGGAACAACAUAUAGUGGCUAUGCUUUCAGCUUCACGCAAGAUCCAGAAAAUAUACACAUGAUGAGAAAGUGGGAAGGAGGCGAUAAUGGGGUUUUCAAUCAAAAGACACCGACGACAUUGCUUUUGGAUCCAAAGGAAAAAUUCCACUCUUUUGGUUAUGCUGCACGAGACUAUUACCAUGACUUGGACUCUGAUGAAGCGAGGCAGUGGUUAUAUUUUGAGAAAUUCAAGAUGACACUGCAUAAGACCGAGUAUUUGAGCAGGGAUACUUUGAUCUAUGCGGCCAACGGACGAGGACUUUCAGCAAUGACCGUUUUUGCGCAUGCAUUGCGUUACUUCAAGGAGCAUGCCCUUCAAGAAUUAAGUGAUCAGUCUGCUACUACCAUUCUUAACGAUGAUGCUCGAUGGGUGGUUACAGUUCCUGCUAUCUGGAGACAACCAGCCAAGCAGUUCAUGAGAAAUGCUGCAUACGAAGCUGGAAUAGCAUCCAGCGAAAAUCCCGAGCAAUUGCUUAUCGCUUUGGAACCAGAAGCCGCUUCCAUCUUCUGCAGAAGACUUCAACAGCACCAACUAGUUCCACUCGUAUCUUCUCCUCAGAGGCUUUCCCUACCAAAUAUCAAGGAACCUGCUGAAGGAAGUCUUGAACCAGCUGUCAUUGAAAAUGCUGGUACAAGAUAUAUGGUGGUUGACUGCGGAGGCGGAACUGUGGACAUAACCGUCCACGAGAUCAUCGAUGAAAAUGGUACAAUCAAAGAAUUGCACAAGGCCACUGGUGGACCGUAUGGUUCGGUAGGAAUUGAUAUGGAAUUUGAAAAACUCCUUGUAGACAUUUUCGGUGGUGAUUUCAUGGAACAUUUCAAGCUGAAGAAUCCGGCUGCUUUCGUAGAGCUUAUGGCCUUGUUUGAAGCACGAAAAAGGAAUGCCAGUCCUUUCAAAAUCACACCCAUCAACAUGGCAUUGCCAUAUUCUUUUGUCAAUAGCUACAAAAAGAUAAAGAAUACUACGAUGGAUGCAGCUCUCAAGAAAUAUGGACAUAAAGAUAUCAAAUGGUCAUCCCAAGGGAUGUUAAGAAUGGAGCCCUCCGUUAUGAUGAACUUGUUCCAGCCGACAUUAGAUGCUAUACGUAGACAUGUAGCCCAAGUUUUGGACACUUGCGAUAGCAGUGGAGAUAUUUCCUAUUUGUUCUUAGUGGGUGGAUUUGCCGAAUCUACCAUCCUCCAAAAGACUAUACGUGAUGCUUUUUCAGAUAGACUGAAAGUGAUAAUCCCUCAGGGCGUCAGCUUAGCGAUACUUAAAGGAGCUGUAUUGUUUGGUAUAGACCCGACUGUUGUCAGUUCUCGCAGAUCUAGGUUGACCUAUGGUGUCGGAGUCCUAAAUAGGUUUAUUAAUGGCGUGCAUCCACCAGAAAAGCUUGUGGUUAAAGAUGGAGUACAAUGGUGUGCUGAUGUCUUUGACAAAUUUGUACUUGCCGACCAAUCCGUUUGCGUUGGUGAUACUGUCAUUCGUCGCUAUACUCCUGCAAGAAGUGGCCAAGCAUGUAGUGUCAUUCAUAUAUACUGUAGUGAGAGAGAUGAUGUAGCAUUUAUUACAGAUCCUGGUGUCAAACGCUGUGGUACUUUGGUGCUGGACUUGCCAGACGACUCGCAUUCUGCUGACAGUGUGCCUGCUGGCAAGCGAGAAAUUCAAACAAUCAUGAUAUUUGGUGAUACUGAACUAAAAGUGAGUGCCAUGGAUGUCCUCACUGGAAAGUGUGUGAAAGCAGAAGUGGACUUUCUGAAUGGUUGAAACGCAUACAGAUUUCUUUCAGGAAACAGUUUCAAUUUCUUGAAAGUGCUUAAUUCACGAUACAGUUUCAAUUUCUUGAAAGUGCCUAAUUCACGAUGAUUUCUUAUUAUAUCAUGCUUCUUUCAAUAUCCGCCUCAAAGUUUGGACGAUUAAAAUAUCAGUUAUAGCAUCUGCGUCAGAUGUCAUAAUUUUCACAUUUUCUCGGAUGAUUUGUGAAGCAUUCGAGCUGCUUGAUCAAAUUUUCCGCUUUCUGUUUAUGCGCUGAUAUACUGUGAUCUUUCAGAAAGAUGUAUUCAUCCUCUGUAGUGUACUGUGAUUAAUUAUGGAAGCAUGGAGUGUCCGAAAGUUUCAAACAUUUCCUAACUACAUCUUAGACUUCAGCGGUUAUGUAUUGAGGAUUCUAUUAAUUAAAUAAUAAAAGCAGGAAACCUUUUGAAUGUUCAAAAUACUGCUAAUCAUGUGCAGAUUUAUUGUGCAGAAUAAAAUUGAUUUAGAAAACUAUUGAAUCUGGAAAGAAUGAAGCUUCCGAAAGGUAGCUUCAGAAAGAGAAGGAUACUUAUUUUUCAGACUCAUCGCGGAAGUGAUGCUGGUAUUUUAAUAAAUAUAUCCUAUUUAUGCUGAUUUAAAUGCUGUGUGAAUAUAUAGUGAUGUGUUGAUUAAAAUAGGAUAUUUCUACCGAACUCAUUAUAAAACAGUUUAAUUACAAAAAUGUUUGGUUGGAAGAUUCGUCAACUUUUUAACCCUUCAUUAAUGUAGGAAAUAUUCUCUGUAUUGACAUUUAUUUGAGUUUGAAGAAAAAUGAAUUAUAGAUCUGUUAUUUCGAUUAGUAUCUUAAUGAGUACCUUCGAAUUAUGAUAUAGUAUUCUGUAAUUCUGACAUAAAAUUAGCUUAUUUUCUUAAUGCAUUUAUGUAUCAAUUACCGUAUAUAAUAGAUAUUUUAUAGCUUUGAUUUUUUUGUACCAUAAAGCGUUCGUAUAUCCCCUUUAAAACCAAUGUAAAAUUUAUAGUACGAAGUAUAUAAUUGAAACUGUUUGUUUGUAAUGAUUUCCUGUAAUAUGACAUAACUGUCUAUUACAUAAAUAUAGUACAUUGGGAAAGCAUAAACAUAUUUAAGUGUAUUUUAAUGAUAUUGUUUUAAUAUACAUCAUAUUAUUAUGCAAUAAAAUGGAUUAAUUUUGAAUGUGAACUAUUUAAGACUAACACAAAAAUUUCUCUCCCCCCCCCAGAAAAAUAUCUUGUUUUGUACUCUGCUUUUGGGAAUGUGUAAUAGGAUAUAACAUAAGAAAAAAUUUAAAAGGUAGAGAUUGUCUGGGUAAUCUAUUACAAGAUCUGAUAAAAAAAAGUGCUAUAACAUAUGCAAUUAUAAAAAAAAAUGUACCUAAUGGGCAUCAUUUGCAUCUUUUUUUUCCCCCGAAACAUCCUCCUCUGCAUGCAAUGCAUUCAAAACAUAGUAGCAAAGUUUGGCAUAUAUUAAAAGAGCAGUUUUCAAGAACUACUCUGCUGUGCCUAGAAAUCCCAAGAGUAUUUCACAGCAUAAAUGUAGCCUACGAUCUUCUUUAAUGAGACCCGAAAUCUUGUUUAUCAUAACAUACAUUUUAUUGCUUAUCUCAGAUUCUAAGGAUUUCCAUCCUAACUAGAUUUUUCGUUAGUAGUAAGCAACAACGCUGAUUUUGACAACAAUCUGCAGAAUUUAGAAGUUCGUGGGCUAGAUAUCGCAUUUUUCAAUAAAUGAUAGUUUUAAGUAGUAUCUUCUAAUGCUUCGCAAUUUUGUUUCUGUCUCUCUGCUCCUUCUGUACCCUUUCUUUUAUUCAAAACUUAAUUCAUCAAUUGCAUAUAUGAGUAAAUAUAUGUCAUAUAUCUUUAUUUUAACUUAACAUGAUUAUUUGUGUUGCCAUCAGAACGUACAACAUUUUGUUUCCCUGUUUGAUAUGUUUUGUAUAAAUAGCACCAUGCAGAGAUUUGUUAAAUGAUUCGAUUCGGCAAAUCUUCAUAUAUUUUCACGAAUAAUAAUCUACAUAUUUAAUACAUUGGACUUCAUCUUUACCAACAGUAUUCUAUAGUAGAGUUUAUGAAUUAAUUAAUUCCUGGAAAACUUUUGGUUUAACAGAAACUCCAUGUAGAUUUAUUGCUUAAAAUGCGCCAAGCCAAAGAAUAAUUGAUUUGAUUUGUUAGAAUUAUAGCAAUCAUAUAUUUUGAUAUUUACAUAUGUUUGUAUAUAUUUUUGUAUGCCUUAUUCAUUUGUAAAAGUAAUGUAUGUCAUGAAGAAAUUUUUAUAUCUGCAGCAUGUAGUAAAGUAAUUCCUUUUCUGGCAAGAGUGAACAAUGUAUAUUAACUGGGUAUGCCCAGUUUUAUGUGCCAAGUUAUUACCUAGCUUUAUUGUAUAUGUGUUUUUUCCGUGCAAUAAAAUUCUUUUUUUUGAAAUUUUA